AUGGGGAUGUUGAAAAUUUCAGUUUUUCGGGUCGUUCCUAUAAAAGGGAGGAUGAAGGGAAAGUCGCCACUCAGUUCCUGGCUCGGGUCCCGACGAGUACCGCAUGCGCGUUACCGUAAUCCUUCUCUGCGCUCUUAGGUAUGGAUUUUUGUCUCAAGUAUGAGCUUUUUUUUAAUUUUCAUUCAAAGCUAUGAUUUUUCUUUCUUAGUUGAAUUUUUGAAUCACAAAGUUUAAGCGGAGUUGCGGCGCUGAACCCAGAUGUCGUGGAAAAAGUUCAGAACGCCGUCGGAGAGGCCCUCGGCGUCAUGGACAACCGCCUCAGCAACGAGAGCACCGUCAAAGGUAGCCUUUCCCAUCAAAAUAAUCCAAAUAUUGCGUCUUCUUAAAGAUGGACAAAUAAUGACGUCACAAAAGGCCAACGAACAGUCGAAAGAUCUGCAGUUCACCGCUGACAUCCUUCAAGAAGUCACUCAGAUCCUCGUCACCAAAUAUGGAGUGGUUAGUCACUAGCCGAACAGCUCCUGGAGUAGAUUAGGGGGUUUCAAACUCAAAUCUUUACCUAGUCUUAAAAUCACUCUUCAAAAUCCUGACAAGAAAAAUUGACACAAAACUCGAAAACGAAAAAAAAAUCAUCGGAAAUCGAUAGUUUUUGAGUUUUCAAUCAAUUUUCUGUUUAGCGAGCUUGAGAUCGAAAGUAGUCCACUCCUAAGUUUUUCGUUCUUUUUUUUCUUGGAAAUCCCGAUAUUUAACUAAUAGGGAAUGGAGACUGACUAACUUCAAAAAAGUCGGACUGUUAUUCUUUAAACUAAGGAAAAACCUGCACAAGGUUGGAAUACACAGGUAGAUUUUGAGGAAAUCCUGCCAGAGGCGAACGAAGUGAUCGAGUCGAUGUUGGGACAAAGCGACGAGGACGACAGCUCGUUGAAGCGCAAGAAACGGCAGUCGAACUACGGCGGAGGCGGAGGCAGCCAAUCGACGCCGACCAAAAAGAACUGUCAAGUGCCGUCCGACAACUGUCGCCAGUCCUUCCAGUUAGUCAAGGAAUUCAUUUACAUAAAUACUUUGAACUUUACGACGGAAAGGGAAUAACUCGACGUAGAAUGAAAAAAAAGUAUGUAUUCAAUUUUUGCUGAACUGUGAAAGGCAGUUUCCCAUGUUAUAUUGAAACGAGAAAAUUUUCACUAAAGAGUAAUAAAAAGAAACUUUCAGAUAAACUCAAUCGUAACAAUGUCAUUUGUAAAACUUGGAUCUGAGAUUUUGCAUUUUCUGGGUGUGCUGUGAACCGGGCUUUUUGUAUCAGAAAUGUAUAAUAAAAAUGGUUAGAAGCUUCUAGUUCCAUGGCAAAAAUUUGAAAUUACGUGAUAAGCGAACAAAAAACUCAAUCAUUGAACUCUCAAAGAAAAAAAUGGAGAAUAGCUUUGGUCAGGAAGUUUUCGUCGUGUCAAAAAGUUUGACGUUCCUUCGACCUAAUGACCUUGAUUGUUCUUACCGCCUUCGCUGAGAUUUUUAUGAGUAAUGAACAUCACUUUUUUGUGUUGAAAGCUCGAUUUGAAAGUGUUUUCCAGCUUGAAAACACGUAGUAUCACUGGAAUCUGCAACAACCUGGAAAACAAGAAGCUGGGCAACUCCGUGACCGCCGUCCGACGCCUUCUUGGAGUUCCUUUCUACGACGACAGUAAUAACUAAAGAAAGUGAAAAUUGUCAAUCUUGCUCAGAUCUGAACGCCCUGAGGACUAGGUCUGUGAAUGGCGGAACUCUGCCAUCAACUCGCUUGAUUUCCAACACCUUGCACGACGAAGUUGGCUCGAAAGCCUGUUUACAAGUGAAGUUAACGGAAUUCAGGGAGCUCAGCCGGCUUUUGACGGAAUGACGAAUCACAUGCAUAUGCAGGUCGGGCAGUUCAUCGCCCACGACAUCAUCUUCAUGCCUUCCUCAACUGGUGACUUUCCUCAUCAGCUAUUCUUUUGAAAAUCAGAGGAUAGGAUCGAACGGGGAGGCCCUCAACUGCACGGAGUGCAACUCUGGCACGAAAAUCUCGUCGAAUUGUGCGCCGAUUCCUGCGCCAGCCGAUGACAAGUACUUCAAACCUGUUAAUGGACCCAGGUAAAUGUCCGCAACAUUUUAUCAAGCUUUUUCUAGUCUCAACUUUUCAAAAUUUGCCUUUUUCACAAGUUGAGAUCAUUUUAGGGGCUGAACUUGUACCUAGCUUUAGUCAACCUUGAAAAAGACCCUCCCCUAGCGAGACUCUCAUAAAUCCCAUCUUAUGUUAAAAAAAGUUUUUGUACACGAAUAUUUCAAUACAAGCUUUAUGUUGAAAGAAUUUCUUGGCGUUUUUUAUAUAUUGGAAUUCAGAUGUAUCCGGCUGACAAGAGCGCUCAAUGGGCAGAAAGGCCUCGGCGUGAGGACGCAGAUCAACCAAAACUCCCACUUCUUGGACUUGUCUUCGGUCUACGGAAGCAGCGAUUGCGAGGCUCAGUCUGUGCGGUCCAACAACGGUCUUCUUGAGAUCUACAUGGGGAACGGCAACGUGCUCCCUCCGCAGGCCAAGAAUGUGAGGAACUACGGCUUUCCGAAGAACGUGAAGGCGUUUCCAGGACAGCAACUGCCAGUCGACCAGCCCCUACUUCUGCUUCACGUGCGGCGACUUCCGCAACAGUCUCCAUCCAGGCCUUGUUCCUCUCCAUGUCGUCUUCAUCAAGGAGCACAACCGCAUCUCUCAGCUCCUCAGAGCCGCCAAGCCUCUCCAAAGCGACAACGUCUACUAUCAGGCAUUUCGGCGGUGUCCUUUCCUCGGGACCUUCCUCUUUUUAGCUCACACGCAAGAUCAUGAUCGGCGUGUGGCAGCACAUCGUCUACAACGAGUAUCUUCCACGUCUCCUUCCAGACGAUUACAUCAAUGAUUUCGACAUUCGUCCUGGAAAGCCUGGUGAUAGCUUUUACAAAGGUUCAGACAUUAUCAGCAUCAAAUUCGUUAAAAUCUCUCUCUAGGAUACUCUUCCACAACGAACCCAUCUCUCAGCGCCGAAUUUGCUGCCGCCGCCUUCCGUUUUGGACACAGCCAGGCACGCAAGGAUUUCCCAAGGUAGUUACAAAAAAUUUUUCUCAAAAUUGGAAACGAGUCUUAAAUGAGAUUUUUUUUAAUUAUAAAACCUAAGUAAAUGUCUUCAGCGAUACAACUGAAAUUCCGAGAUGUCUUCAACCCCUUAAAUUAAUUUCUUACCCUGUUUUUGCAUCUCCAGCUCUUUUUUUCUAUUUCGAAGCGUUCCAGGCAAAGCAACACAAACGGAAGUUUGGGCACUGCUGUCAAUAUUGGAAGCAACAUUUUCUACGCCGAAUCUCAGUACCAAACUACGGCCGGCGCCACAGAAUCUCUGCUCCAAGGUUUCCCUUCAGCGAGGAAUCGAGCUCAUCUAGAAAUAUCAGGAAUGCUGUACACGCCGGCAAUGAAAGUCGACCAGCAGUUCUCCUUCCCCAUUCGGAACCAACUCUUCGAGAUCCGAGGUCAGCCGGCCUCUGGCGUUGAUCUCGUCGCCGUCAACAUCAUGCGCGGACGGGACAUCGGUCUCGGACCAUACGCCAAGUAUCGGUUAGUGAAGUUGGAUAGCCGACAGAAACUUUAGCCUUCCUCAGUUUAUUUGAAUAUUUAACUCUUGUAAAAGAAGUUUCGCAUCGUAAUAGUAAAGUUGGAAGUAGCCAGGUGAACGUUUUGGGAUCCUUGUCCCAUCUUGGAAAAGGAUGUUUUUAAGCCCAUCUUCACAAUUUGGGUAAUUUGGAUUUUUUCUUCUUUAAAUUAUUGAAAUGUUCUGAGAAAUAUAGAGAUGAAUUAAACUUUCCAAUAUUUACGAGAUCUCGCAAGAAAACACUUCGACGCCCCACAAACAUAUCUUGGAAGAAUUUUUUUCAAAAACAAGACUGUUAAAAACAUAUAAAUCGGUUGGACCGGCGAGAAGUUUUCUUCAAAAAGUGAAUCCAGGUAUCAAGUUGGUCUGCCACCGGUCUACAGCUGGAACGACCUCAACCAGCAGAUGCCGCCGAAUAACGUCGCCGCCCUGAAGACCGUCUACGACGAUCCUCGCGACGUCGACCUCUACACUGGCAUCCUGAUGGAGCGGCCUUUGCAAGACGGCAUGGUUCGCUCGAAUCGACGCUUUCCCAUUACUUGAACUUAUUCAGCUCGGUCCAACUGGCUCCCACAUAAUUGCUGAGCAGUUCCGUGCUCUGAAGAAAGGAGACCGUUUCUACUAUGAAAACGAUGUGGGCGGCACCGAAGGAUUCACUAGAGGUCUCAAUAUUGACCCUAGAAAAAAUUAAAAUAAAGUGAUAUUCUCUCAGAUCAGCUCGACGCCAUCCGAAGAGUGAAGCUCUCCAAAAUCCUUUGCAUGAACACUCCUUCGAUGAUCAACGUCAACCUACAAGUCUUCGACACGUCAGUUUCUCUCUCCCAAGUCGAUAUCAACUGGUUUUACUUGCAGAAACAGUCCAAAAGUCCCUUGCACGAGCAUUCCGGAGAUCGCCAUUCAGCCUUUCAUCGCCGCUCUCUGA